UUUGCUUCAUCUCUCCGCCUCGUUAUCCGUUUCGCUUCUCCCUCUUUCUUUUUCUUUCUUUCUUUCUCUGUCAUCGAAAAGGAAGGAGAGGAGAGAGAGUGAGAGAGAGCGCACGGCGAGGAGGGAGACGCCUUCAGCAGAAGCAAAUGCCAUGUCUGAAGGCACAGAACACUCAUCUUCCUUAGCUCUCCUCCACCACCGCCAUCACCUCCCGCAGCAGCAACAGCAUCAGCAGCCGCCGCCUGCAUCCCCCUCUGUCGCCGGCGCCAUCAUCCGCGGCUAUCGCAAGGGCAACUGGACCCUCCACGAGACCCUGAUACUCAUCACCGCCAAGCGCCUCGACGAUGAUCGCCGCACAGGCGGGUCGUCCUCGUCCUCCUCCGCCCACUGCUCCCCUUCAGCCGCCGUCUCCGCCACCGCUGCUGUCGUGCCAAGAUCGGCGGAGCAGCGGUGGAAGUGGGUAGAGAACUACUGCUGGCGCAACGGGUGCCUGCGGAGCCAGAACCAGUGCAAUGACAAAUGGGACAACCUCCUUCGCGACUACAAGAAGGUGCGCGGCUACGAGGCUCGCGCCGAUGCCUCCGCCGGGGAGCUACCCUCCUACUGGGCCAUGGAGCGACACGAGCGCAAGGAGCGCAACCUCCCCACCAACCUCGCUGCCGAGGUGUUCGAGGCAUUGACCGACGUCCUCGGCCGGCGCACAGCCCGCCGAUCGAACGCCGCCGCUACUCCCGUCUCCUCCCUCCCUCCGCCCCCUCCUCCACUGCCCUCUCCGCCGCGACUGCCGCAGGCGCCUUUAAACCCUACGGCACCACCAUCUGUUCCGGCACCGGCGCCGCCCCCAGCUCCGCCAGCGCACCCAUCCGCUUCUGUGGAGAUGUCGUCGGGUUCCUCGGAGUCGGAGGAGAACGACGACGGAGCGGGGACAGCCGAGCCAGAGGCGAAGCGGCGGCGACUGGGUUCCAGCGUGGUGCGGAGCGCAACGGUGCUGGCCCGCACGCUGCUAUCCUGCGAGGAGAAGCGGGAGCAGCGCCACCGCGAGAUGGUCGAGAUCGAGGAGCGGCGGCUCCGGCUGGAAGAAGAGCGGACGGAGAUCAGGCGCCAGGAAUUCGCCGGCCUUGUCUCCGCCAUCAACGACCUGUCCAGCGCCAUCCAAUCCCUCGUCGCCAAUCAGCGCAACGGAGAUCACCGGUGAACCGGACCAUACCGGCUCUUGAACGCCGCCGACUUGGAAUCAUGAGGGGUUCGGAUGUAAAUAAAUGGCCACAAAGAGGGUAUCGAUUUUUUUAAUAUCUGUCACGUUUCGAAUGACGUGACUCGAUACCCGCAACUUGAUUCGUACCUUUGAUGGGCCACCACUGCCGUACCAUUUAAUUCCCAAGGAAAAUAUUAAUUCCAUUUUCUAAAAAUGAAAAAAUUAAUUAACAUGGCGUAAAUGUUUUUUUCAAUAAUAAAUAUAUUGUUUCUUUGCUGCGAAAAAGGCGAGACGGCGACUGUUGCGGUCAAAGUGGGAUCCGUGGCUGCCAGCGUGUUGCUUCGGUUGGACAAAAGUACCCCUGAUGCAAAUGCUCAUUUACAGAGGCACCAGGAGAUCUCUUCCAGCGAAAGGGACGGCUCGAUUUGUCGUCUUCUUCACUUACACGGUCAAUUUCGUCACACUCUAACGGAGAUGGCGGUCAUUCGCUGGACCCGGCUCAUCUUCCUCCGUUACUUCCACUCACAACAUUGAAACCCACUAAUUUAAUCUGCUAGAGCUCAUGGGGUCCAGUUUCGCGGGUCGGGUAAAGAAUGGAGCGUCUGCUGAUCGAAAAGUAGCUGGCAGGCUGAGCUCCAAUUGGUUGUAGUUCCGGUCAAAGGCCAGAUUUGACCGGUUCCCUAAGAUCACAAAAUAA